AUGGGCUCGCUGGGGCAGCAGAAGUCACCUAGAAUCAUUCGAUACAAGGAUCUCGAGCCCUCAUGGCACCUGCCGAACCAGGUACCAGGCUUGAUGCGUUGGAUGAUUAACUGGGUUGGCGGAGGAGAAGGCUUUGUCAACUCGAAUCCUCGCGAUUCCUAUGAGAGCCUGGAGUCGGCAGUAGGCCUGAUGCACAUACCCGCAGGGAAUCGCCAGAGCGGUCUGCACUACCACAGUGUCAACGAGAUCUAUGUCAUCCUGAAGGGUGAAGUCAUGGGUUGGGAUGGCAACAAAGAGGUUCAUCGAGCCGGGCCACUCGACUGCCUCUACACCCCGAAAGACACUCCACAUGGAGUGCGCGCUGCCGGAGACGAGCCGGUGGACUUGAUCUGGAUACAUGACGCCAUUGAGAAGAAGGGUACUUCCAAGUAUUGGGACGGCAGCACUCCCAAUCCCCAAACCAGGCCAGUCGAAAUAGUCAAGUUCAAAGACCUAGAGCCCAGAUGGACAGCGCUAGACCUUAGGGAGCCAGGCCACAUGCACUACAUGCUUAGUUAUGUCGGGGGCAAGGACGGAAGGUUGAAUUUCAACCGUGGUGUCGCCGUUGAGAAUGACAACGUUGGCAUCGGCCUCUUAGUCAUCGAGCCUGGCCACAAAAAAGUGGCAGAGCGAGUCCCUACUUCUGAGGUCUAUGUGCUCGUCCGCGGCGAGGCCGUUGUCAACUUUGGCGCAGGAAACACAGAACUGCGAAGGCUGGAUGCGGUUUACAUUCCAGCCGGUGCCUCGUGGACUAUUCGGAAUCAUGGUGCUGAGCAGGCGUUUUUGGUGUGGGUACACGAACAAGUGCAGCCAGCCUCUGCCGGGGCUCCAUAUCAGAAUCAUAGUUUGUAG